CAAAAUGCGUUGGGCACAUUCUGAAGACAGGAAGGAAAUUCUCACUGACUCAGAGCGAUUACAUGCCUGCAGUAGUUUUGUCCAAAAAGAGACCACUUCCGCACUUGUGAGCUCACAGCUUCAGGGUUUUGUGUCCUCUGAGUGAGAUACAGAGAUGCCUCCCAAGACCGUUAAGCGUGCUCUGACCGACAUGCUGGAGGAUUUGGAUAGCAUGCAGUUAAACAAGUUCUGCUCCGCGAUCCUGGACCGCAGGGCAGAACCGCGGGUCAGACGCGCGACUCUGGAAGGCAAAAACUUUCUAGAAAUUGCACAUGUCCUGGUUUCAACCUUCUCAGAGUCCGGUGUCAUUGAAGUGGCUCUGGAGACGUUGAAGGAGAUUGACUGCAACGCGCAGAGAGAGAGCCUCGCCAAGGACACAAGUACAGGAUCACUGACAUCUGUUUCCAGUUAUGGAGACAUCAUGAAGGUGGAAACUACUGGUGCCUCAAGGCAAACAGUUCAGCAGGACAAGCUGAACUACUCAGGUGUGAAGGCGUCACACGACAUGGCAGAGAUUGAUUUGGUAGAAAUGAAAAACUACGAACACAUCAUCAAAAAUGUGGCUCGUAAGAAAGGAGUUGAUCCAGCUCUCAUUGCUGCCAUCAUCUCCAGAUCAUGCAGGGCUGGAAGGACUCUGACGGAAGGCUGGGGGUGCUAUGACGAACAGAAACAAAAAUAUAAUACCUAUGGGCUGAUGCAGAUUGACAUCAAUGUACAUGGAGGUGGACGCACCCCAAAACACUCAUGGGACAGUGAGGAACACCUCUGUCAAGCCACCGACAUCCUGAUUUAUUUCUUGUUACGCAUAAAGCAUGCAUUUCCUGACUGGAGCAAGGAGCAGCAGCUGAAAGGAGGAAUAGCAGCCUACAAUGCAGGGGACGAGAACAUCGACUCCUAUGAAGAGGUGGACGCCAAAACCGCAUGUGGAGACUACUCCAAUGAUGUUGUUGCCAGAGCUCAGUGGUACAAAAGCAAUGGUGGCUUUUGAAACUACUGCUGCUGCUACUGCUGACUGUGUUGAUCAAUGGACCAAACCAUAAUAACUAACUUCCUGUUUUCAGAACCUCACAGAGUAUCUUUGCCUCACGUCUCUCCCUCUGCACCCUCCUGGUUUGAAUUUGAAACAGUAUGAAAACCUCAGGCUUGAGUUAAAUAAAUAUAAUAAUAUGUAAAGCAAAUCCACAAAUAAAUGAUUUCCUUGUU